GAGAGAGAGCACCAGCCCACUAGAACGCACGCUCCUGCCCGGCAGCCAGGUGUCCCCAAGAAGAGCUGGGGAGCCGGGGAGGCAGCCAGGGCUUGUGGCUGCUGGGCACCUGAGCUAGCCCAAACAGAAGGCUGGGAGCUGGUCACAGGAUGGCCCCACAGAGAGCUGUGCAGCUAUCUCUGAAGAAGCCCACUCACGCCGUGUGUGUGGUAGGCGUGGAGACGCCGGUGAAUGUCUACAGUGAUGUGCCCAAGGGUGCCAACACCUUCGGGGUGUCUGGGAGCUCUGAGGUGAAGAUCUACAUGGUCUAUGAUCCCGCACGGGUGGCGGAGCCCACAGGCCGGGCCCACUGGCCCCUGGAUGCCAACGUGGAUGUGGUUGUGGUGGCGGACAAAGUCAGUAAGGACUUAAAUGACCUCAAGGUGAAGGUGUCCUACUUCGAGUCGCCGGAUGCUCGCGCCCUGGGUCACAGUGUGCUCUACCUCACUGGUGUUGAUGUGUCCCUUGAUGCUGACACGGGCCGCACAGGCAAGGUGAAGAAAGGCUCCAGUGACAAGAAAACCUGGCGCUGGGGCUCCAGAGGCUCUGGAGCCAUCCUGUUGGUAAACUGUGACAGAGACGUCCGUGGGUCCAGGGAGGACCUGCAUGCCAGCCAUUUGAGGUCGCUGGAGGACCUGCAGGACAUGUCCCCAAUGGUGCUGAGCUGCGGUGGCCCUGAUGAGCUCUUUGAAAGCCACAAGCUGGUCUUGAAGGUGUCUUUGCCCGAUUCCAGGAGGCUGAGGGUCUUCUGUGCCCGAGGUGGGACCUCCCUCUCCAACUACAAGCAGGUGCUAGGACCCCAUCACGAGGUCUAUGAGGUGGAGCGGCACCCCGGGGAGAGCGACAUUCAGUUCUACGUGGAAGGGCUCGCCUUCCCUGACACCAGUUUCUCAGGGUUGAUCUCUCUCAGUGUCAGCCUGGUAAGCACAGAGGCCCUCUCCGAGGUGUCGCUCUUCACAGACAGCGUGACCUUCCGAGUGGCCCCCUGGAUCAUGACCCCCAAUACCCAGCCGCCCCUGGAGCUGUAUGUCUGCAGUGUGACAGAUGCCCAUGGCCGCAAUGACAAGUUCCUGGAGGACAUGGCCCACCUGGCUCUGAAGGCCAACUGCAAGCUAGUGGUCUGUCCCCGGGUGGACAAUCACAACGAUCGCUGGAUCCAGGACGAGAUGGAAUUUGGCUACAUCGAGGCCCCUCACAAAUCCUUCCCUGUGGUCUUUGACUCCCCACGAAACAGAGGCCUGAGGGACUUCGCCCUUAAGAAGAUCCUGGGUCCUGACUUCGGAUACGUGACCCGGGAGAUCCAGUACGCAGGUGCCUCUGGCCUGGAUUCCUUCGGCAACCUGGAUGUGAGCCCACCGGUGAGGGUGGGCAACAAAGAAUACCCGCUGGGCAGAAUCCUCAUCGGUGGCAACUUCCCCAAGUCCAGCGGGCGGCGCAUGGCCAGGGUGGUACGUGACUUCCUGCAGGCCCAGCAGGUGCAGGCCCCCGUGGAACUCUACUCCGACUGGCUUUCCGUGGGCCACGUGGAUGAGUUUCUGAGCUUCGUGCCCACCUCUGACCAAAAGGGCUUCAGGCUGCUCCUGGCCAGCCCCAGCGCCUGCCUCCAGCUGUUCCAGGAGCUGAAGGAGAAGGGCUACGGGGAGGCAGCGCAGUUUGAUGGCCUCAAGCAUAAGACAAAGAGAAGCAUCAACGAUAUCUUAGCGGACAAACACCUCAGGAGGGACAGUGUGCACGUGCAGAAAUGCAUCGACUGGAACCGGGAUGUGCUGAAGCGAGAGUUGGGCCUCUCCGAGAGCGACAUCGUGGACAUCCCACAGCUCUUCUUCCUGAAGGGAGCCUAUGCCGAAGCCUUCUUCCCCGACAUGGUCAACAUGGUGGUGCUAGGCAAGUACCUGGGCAUUCCCAAGCCUUUUGGCCCCCUCAUCAAUGGCCGCUGCUGCCUGGAGGAGAAGGUGCGCUCCCUGCUGGAGCCGCUGGGCCUGCACUGCGUCUUUAUCGACGACUUCCUGUCUUACCACCAGUUGCUCGGGGAGAUUCACUGCGGCACUAACGUGAGAAGAAAACCUUUCAGCUUUCGGUGGUGGAACUCAGUGCUCUGAGCCCGCCCGGCCACCGCCCUUGCUACCCUGUCGAUGGGAGUGCCAGGGCAAGGGUGAGGGACACAAACCAGCCUCCUCCGUCCUCCUGGGACCCUGAAACAGGCUGGCUACUGUGGUCAGCUGGACUCCAGGGCGACACCACAUUUCUUGGUCUCUGGAGCUGUCUGUCCUGCCCAGGGCGACUACCGCCACUCUUCCCUCUCCUGUCCCCAGCCACAGCUCCCAGAGACGCAAGGUCGGCAGCUGAGCCUGUUAAAGGCAUGACCUCUGCAGGCGCACCCCACUUUGAGUUGCUCCCCUCUCUUUGGACUCCUCUCUGGAGCCGGAGAAAUGGCUUUGGGGCUGUUUUCAGAAUGCCCGCUGUGCCUGGACCCUGGGAUGAGAGCACCAUGGUUCCAUAUGACUCCUGGAUUAUGUAAAAUGGAAAGGAAGAUUUGGGACAUCCUUUUUCUUAAGGGGACCCCAAGCCAUGGCUGUUAAGCACCCUUCAGCUGUGUGUAGGCAAGCAAGGACACAAAAGCCCAGAGGCCAGGCCCCUUUCAAAAAUGAAAGCAAGCUGGCACCUAAGCCCCUUUAACGCCCUGCUCCAUCCACUCCGUCCUCAGGAUGCUCGGUAGUUCUUGGGACAGCCUUUAAUUAGGAGUCCUGCUACUUCCGUUUGGAAGACGCUGGGGGCUAUAGAGAGGCCCUCAGAAGUCUACAAGCAGGGGAGGGAUUAGGGAGGCGAGGGCAGGAAGAUCCAAACAGGAAGUCAAAUGGGCUGUCCAUCUUGGGGCAGGGAACCUGGAAGCCUGGGACUCCUGGGGCCUCUGAAUCUGAAGGUUGCAGGCUGGUCCAGAUGUGACGGGGGUGGGGCUCAAGAUGUUAGGAGAGGGUGGGGCAGGCCAUUAAGUUACAUCUGGAGGUGGGGAUUAAUUUCCUCUAAUAGUCUGUAAUUACUCCCCAACCUGCUGCAGGCAGUGGGAGGGGAGGGCUCACACUCCCACAGCAGCCCGGGACCCUGCACAACACUUGCGGUGCCCUAGUAAACCCACUGCAGGCCUGUGACCCCCUCCCGCGGUCGGAGAGACAGCUGCCCUGGAGGCUAAUAGUGCAGGGUGAGGUCACAGAGGCCUGUGUAGGCAAGCAGGCAGGCAGACCCGACUGCAGGGCACGGCUGGCAGACAGAGCUGCCUGCCCCCUUCCUCUUCUGGUCAGGGAGUCACACCAGGCUGCCAGUCGCUGGAUUCUGUCUUUGCAUUUCUAGUAACUUCUGGUGCCACCCCAGGCUUGAGGCAGCUGCGGUUACUUUGUAGUCACUGGACAUUCAGUUAGUAAAGUCUCCCAUGGAACUGCUAGGGUGGACACGGCCGGGUAAGAAUUGACUCCUCUCCCUCUAGAAGGUUCUGUGGAACUGGAACCCCAUUUGUAGACUCCCAACAUCAACAUCCUCCUCCUCUAUAGUCAUGACCCAGCUGGGGCUGAGCCAUGGAGAAGAAGAAGAAAAAGGAGGAGGAAGAGAAAGGUUGGGAGCAGGGCCUGGUCUCUGAGGGGGAGACCGGAGAGCCCUGGCGAACAUGGGAGCGAGCCUUCGGAGCCUCAUGGGGGGACUCUGGAGUUGCUGCCCGGGCUGUCUGGGGUCCUGGGUGAGUGGGCACCCUCUUUCUGAACAAUAAAAAGAUCGUGUGCAUU